GCUGUUGAGAUUCUGAAAACCAGCACCAGUGUCGAUGUGAUGUGGCAGGAUGGUACAGUAGAGAAAAAUAUUCGAUCCAAUGACUUGCUGCCAGUUCAUCAUGUGGACAAUAAUGAGUUUUGCCCUGGAGACUUUGUGCUGGAUAAACGUGCACAAGGACCUCAGGAUGUUGGCGUGUAUGGAGUCGUGCAGUCUGUUGACCACAUUGGACGGACGUGUUCAGUGAAGUGGUUCAAACCAAAAGCGAAUGGCACAGAGAUAGAGAUGCUGGGAUGCGAGGAAGAUAUUAGUGUUUAUGACAUUGCUGAUCAUCCAGAUUUCCAUUUCCGCAUCACUGAUAUCGUGAUCCGUAUCGGAAAUGUGGAAGAAGGGCGAACGUUGCCGAAGGACAAUGAGGUAAUGUAA